AUAAUGUGACAGUAUUUAUAACCUAAACAAGGUUGAUAUAAAAUACUGUACCUGUAAUUUAAUUUAUUUAAAUUAUUUACCUAUAAAGGCUAUCAUUCUUGUUCAGAUAAAAUUUAUGUACAUAAUAAAUAUUUGGUAUCUUUGACAUCAAAUAUUGGUUAAUAAAUAUCAUCUAUAAGUCAGAUAAUUGUCAAAAAGUUCAUAGUUCAAGGUGUGCAAAGUAUGUUCUAAUACUCUGAACAUCUCACAAAUGUUUCACACAGUUGGUUUAACCAUAGAAAACAGAAUGAGCGAAGCCAAAAAGUUAUAUGAAUCUUUAAGUUUGGUGGGUUCUGUCUCCCUAGCAGUAUCAUUGCCAUGGAUCAUAUUUAGAAUAUGCAAAGCUUUGUACUUACAGAAGGGUCUAAAUGAGUUAUUUGGAAAGGUGGUGGUUAUUACUGGCGCAAGUUCAGGAUUAGGAGAAGCUCUAGCCCAUGAAUUUUACAAGAAAGGCUGCCAAGUAGUAUUAUGCGCGAGGAGAAGACAAGAAUUAGAACGAGUUAGAACAGAUUUGUUACAUUCACAUAGUACUGUACAGACACACCCUCCUAUUAUUAUCCCUCUUGACUUAGCAGACAUUGAUAACUUGCAAGAACAAGUAAAGAAGAUAUUAUCAAUCACAGGAAAAAUAGACAUACUAAUUAAUAAUGGUGGAGUAUCUCAUAGAGGUAAUGCGCUCUCCACCCAUGUUGAUGUUGAUAUGAAGAUUAUGACAGUUAAUUAUUUUGGAACUAUUGCUUUAACAAAAGCUGUUCUCGUGGACAUGGACAAAAGAAAAGAUGGACAAAUUGUUUUUGUUAGUUCUGUGCAAGGAUUAAUAGGUCUUCCUGAAAGAUCUGCCUAUAGUGCUUCAAAACAUGCAUUACAAGCUUUCAGUGAUAGUUUAAGAGCAGAAAUGACAGCCAGUAAUAUUUCCGUAACAGUUGUUAGCCCUGGUUACAUCAAAACUAACCUAUCAUUGAAUGCUUUAACAGGAUCUGGGGCCAGCCAUGGAGAAAUGGACAGCAACACUGAGAACGGAUAUUCCCCUGAAUAUGUCGCAAAAACGAUUUUAAAAGCUGUAGCUGAAAAGAAGAAGGAAAUUAUAGUUGCACCGCUGCUUCCCCGGGUAGCGAUAUUCCUGAGGAAUUUUUUGCCUUCAGUUUUUUUCUUAGUCAUGGCCAAGAGGGCGAAAAAGUCUAGUUUAAAACAAUAGUUUGCUAUUUGAAGUAAAAUCUGUAGGUAAAUAUGGAAUUUAUACAAGCAGCAUUUUGAAAUUUGUGUAGGUAUUUACUAAAUACGCUAUUUUUAAGAGUAAUAGAAAUUGAUUUUCUUUUACCAUCACGUUUGGAUUAUGUUAUUUGAAUCAAGCUUUAUGACAAUAUUUAUUUAAAAAAUUGCAUGAUAUUGGACAAGAAAAUAUAACAUCGUUCCUUAAUAUUGAAAAUAUUGUGAAAUAUUUUGUGAUAUACUGUUAAAACAAUAUUUGACAGUUUGUAACUAUUUUGGUAUUACUGGAAUAAUUUUUGUUGUUAGACAAAUUUUUAGUGUGAUAGAAGACCUUUUUAAUUAUAUUUUUGUCUCUACUGUAUUUAUUUACAAUUUGUUAAUUAGAUAAACACUAACACUAACACAAACUAACUACUCACUAUGGUUUGUUUUUAAACCAGGAGGAGUAAACUAAAAAGACAGAUUCACACCCAAGAAAGUUACUAGAAAAAUCACCAAAUACAUCUUCUUUUUUGGUAGAUCAUGUCGGCCUUCGACGGUAAUCCAUAAAAUACUAUAUUAUACUAAUACGUCGCUAAAGAGUUCUAAAAACAACUUUUUUUUAUAUAAAAGCAAACUAAAAAUCUAAAAAUUAAAGGAAUAACGCAGAAAACACAAAAAAUUGCUGACAUAACUUAAUUAACCUAUGACAUGCCAACAGUGUCAAAAUUUCAUAACAGUGGAGUAAAGUUGCCUGAGGUUGGACCAAUUACAAACAAGAAUUACACUCGGUAAAUUUGAAUUACUCCUCCUGGUUUAAAAAUAGACCACCAAUGGUACACAUGUAUAGUCCGUAGUUCGUACAUUAUAAAUACCGUUGCACGUCAUCCGCGUCAUAACAAGUGACAUCACAAUCACAUGAUGCCAACACGAAAUAUUUAAGUCAUAGGCAUGUUCCUUUUUAGAAUCGUUUAGCCGAGUACUCUGGAAUUACAUCCACUAGACAUAUUUUAUUAUAUACGCGUUGAAAUAAUAUUGGAAGAUUUUUAUUAAUGUAAAUUUAAAGAAACCUACAAUAAUUUGUUUCAUUUGAUUUGAAUAAGUGGAAUAUAAAGCAUUUUAUAAAGGUUACUUGUUCGAGUUACACUCUAAUUGCGAGCGAAGCAAAGUGACAUUUUGGCAUACAUUGGUAACACUUAUUUGACAGUUGCGGUGUUGACACUUCAGAUUUGUUUUUAUUAUUUACUAUAAGUAUUUGUUUUAUCAAAAAUGAAUAACCAUUUUCAAUUUCGUUGCAAAACGAAAAUACAGCCGAACCAUAUUCUAGUCCAAUCAGAGUGCAGCAAGCACCUCUACCGGUUUCGAAACUUAUUAGUCUCCCUAUUAGCUUUUCUCCCUAUUAAUGACUAAAUUAAUUUUUUUUCCUUACUUUGGACUUGUGUCCUAAAAAAAUGUGUUCCGGACAUCAAGGCACCGAUCUAAAUCGGUGUCUCGCUGUCCAGACCGUGUGUGCUCGGUCACUCAGCCGGCGAAUUAACAAAAUAAAUUUUGUUCUCCUCGACGGCUGAGCGCCCGAAAGGUGUGGCCAUCAAGCCCACGUCUGUCGGUACGUGACCUCGAUGCUCACAUUCCGCGGCUAUGGUCCAUUUGACCUACCUGAAGGGUACUUAGUGCCUGAAGGGCGACAUUUGUCUUUCGAUAUCAUGUGGCUAUCUUAAUUUUUCAUUCUUAAGGGUUUCCUCUAUAUCCAGCUAACUGCUGUUUUCGUUUUGCAACGAAAUUGAAAAAUGGUUAUUUAUUUUUGAUUUAUAUUUACUCUGAUUGGAGUACGAAGGGAACCAUUCUCGUUGGAACUUUACCGCGCUGAACAGAUGGGGCGUGAAUUGUAAAUUGUAGAAUUCCCUCAUCUUCCUUAGUCUCAGCAUCCGUAUGGCUUGCAAAUUGUAGAAGCCUCGGAGGUGUAACCAGAGAAGGUUCCCAUUGUUUUCAUUCUGGUGGGAUGUAGAAUAGCAUUAUGUUGUUUUAUAUGCCAUUAGAGUGAAAACUUAGUCUAUUUGUUUUAUAUUUAUUGUUUUUAUUAUUUUCUUUAACGUAAGAUUAUAACUUAAUUCUUGUUUUCUAUUUCUAAUGUUUUUAUAUAUUUACAUUGCAUAUUAAUUUGUUUUGUUGUAUAAUCCACUUCCGCAAUAAUUUUAUAUUUGAUUUAAAAUGAAUUCAGGAAUUUUUUGUAAUUGGGCAACAAUGUCAACUUAGAUCUCUGACGUAGAUAAUGACGUGCAACGGUAUUUAUAAUGUACGAACUAUAUAAGUCUAUUGCCUUUUACAACUAGUUAUUAAAUAGUUUCACUUUAAAAAAUAGUUUCACAAAUGUUAGAUUUUAUAUUUUCCACUAGUAGAUCAUACGUGACUUUUUGUAAUUUUACAUGUCUAAUCUAGUCGUUUUAUCUAUUAAAGGUUUGAUACAAA